GUUUUUUUGUUACAAUAAUGCAUGGAAAUUAAUGACUUUCUAGGUGUCAUAAAUCAUGUGCGUUAGUCUCUCGCGAUCUUCCAUUAUUUCUUUAACUGAACUCAUAUUGAGAUGGACUCAGACUGUCAAAACUCUCCAAAACGGACAACGGACAACGGACGCGUUAAGAAAGUUGACGGGCACUUGAAAAAAAGACACAUCUAAUAUCACACCUAGUUUUCCAGAGAGCUUUUAAGGCCUUACCCUACCCUAUUGAUGACCAAAAUUUGCCAAAAUUCGCCCAGGAAACUAGGCCGAGUUGGCUGUCGCAAAGACUUUUAGGAUCGUUACUGCGGACGCGCCGGUCAGCUAUUGGCCAAUUUUUGCCUGUCCCACAAUUCUUUGCGAAGGUUAACUCAGCCUAGGUUCUCUCUUGUUUUGAAAGUAGUGAAUUGUGAUGUAAAAAAUCUUUAAUCAGUUACAGAACAAAAAGGUUCAAAACGUAUCCUGUGGCUGAAAUCUCUGUAUCAUACGUGAGUCUAAAAUGUAUUUAUUAUAUAGUCGGUUCUUUAAGCGGGCAAGAUGAAGUGAAUCUCGUGUUCUGAUUGGUUAGAGGUAUGACUUUCCAUGUGGCAUUUGCACUUGUGGGAUUUCCCGCUUUGGCCCUUCAAGAAAACUUAGCGUUUUCUUGGCCAUACUCAUGAAUCGAUUUCGCCUCCGUCCAUAAAAACGCAAAAAAAAACCCAUAAAGACCAAAAAAACAAGCCAAUAUGCAGCCAAUAUCUAAACCGAACAAGCUUGGUCUGUACUGAGGGUAUGUAAUUUAUAUUUUCCAGGUCUGUACCAACGGGUUGAUUUCAGUGGGUAAGAGGUAUAACCGAAGGAAUCCCAAACGACUCACGUCUUUGCGUAAGGAUGUUAUCGCAGCAUUCUGGGCCAACACUGACGUGACUUCCGCCAGCUCAGUUUCUUAUCAAAUUGUGGACGAAGGCUCUUCCGAGUUCAGAGAGGUAUGUCUGGUUAGCGGCAUCACAUGAGGGUUUUAUGAUUUCUACUAAACUCUGCAAACAGAUGCAUACCUCGUUUUUCUCGCAGUUUUGAACAGAUAAAGAUAGGGGUAUUACUUUCCAUGUGGUUAAAUUUUAGCGACAAUGUUUAUGUAAAUGAAAAUUAUAUGAAAACAGUUUCUUACUUAGUUUUUCUGGUCCUUUUUCAAAAGUUAGAGAUAUGGGGACGACUCUCCAUGAGGCAUUUCAAUCAACGAACAAAACUUUUUCGAUGGAAAGUGACUGUUGCUAUGGCUCCCAUAGACCUGAAAGAAGCAAUAUUUCACUAAAAAUAUCUGUGGAAUUUACCUAUAAUGAAUUAAAAACUCUCCCAAAUAGUGUAUAUGUUUCUCGUUUAUUAUAAUCCUUUACCUUCAAGAUGAGUCGUACUUACUUUGACUAAAUUCACAACGCUUACAUGUACAUACGAUUUCUUUUUUUUUCUAAAGCAAUUAGAAAAUGCUUCUAAAGUGAUCAGAAACUGUUCCGGUGCCAGCGACUUUACUGCUACGUGGAUGGUGAUCGUCAAAUGGGAUAAAGUUUCACCCUACGCCAGAUUCCGAAGAAGAGUCCUUUUCUUCUUGUCCAGGGUCUUCAAUCCAUACGUAGACGAGGUAUUUUACAAUUACACAUACACCUAAUUGAAGUAACCAAGAAAGCCAAGUACGAAUUAACUAGGCCGGAUAUAAGCUGUCUUAAUUCUCAAAGGAUCAUGCAUUUCAGUAAAAACAGCAGGUUUAAAUUCUUAUUAGAUCGAGCUAAUAGCGUGACACAGCGUGACAUAGCCCUUAGACUUAGCCCCGGAAAGGGCUAAUAAUAGGGCCAUUUAUACGAGGAAAAAUAAGACGCGGCUUAGCGAAGACGCGUCUUAUUUUAGAACAGCCCUUAACACCUGUUCUUAGAUAACACGCGUCUUAGCUAAGACGAGAAAAACUUCGUAUAAAUGACCUUCGCGCCUUACAUAAGAAGCGAACGCAUAGUACGCAUGCGUAAAUUUUUGGCGCGCCACGUUGGAUUGCCGUUGCUACGGGCAACAUUCACAUGAAAACGAGUCAAGAACAGAAAUAAGACGCAAACCAUUUAUACGAGCUGUUCUUGUCUUAGACUGAGACAUGCUCGUAUAAAUGGUACAGUUCGCGUCUUUUCCUCGUAUAAAUGGCCCUAUUAUGUCCUUAACUAUAAACACCGGGGACUACCUGCUCUCUUCUUUGCUAAGAGCACUGUGGGUCUCUUUGCUUUCCCUUCAGAUUAGACCGCAGGGCUGGGAAAAACGCUCGCAAUGAGCCAAUGUGCCAGACGCAAGUCUAGAAAAGGUCUUCUAAAGUGUUUGUGGCUCUGGGAGCAAGGAUAGCGCAGUGGUGAGAGUACCCGCGUGGGUUGAGUUAGUUGUUGGUGCUCUCCUUUGCUCCUAAAGGUUUUUCUCCGGUUACUGCGGUUUUCCCCACUACUCAAAAACAUUUUCAAAUUCCAAUUCGACCAGGAAUCAGGUAGACGAAAAACCACCGUGUGAAUGUGCUUCCCCUAAAUCAUUAUUUAUUUAUUUAUUUAUUUAUUUACCUUUCUUAUGAUCUCAUCUUUUCUGCAAAGCACCUAUCAAGCGGUCCUCCUCACAAAUGGAACCGAUUCAUACGUAAUCUACAGCUAUGAAGAUGGUGGAAUGGAGUGGACACGGCGUAUUGGAAGAAAAUGCGCUGUAGGAUACGCCACAAAGGACAGAUCGUAUAGCUACGAGGAAGAAGACUCGUUCAGAGAAAGCAUUUUUAGCAUUGAUACUAAAGAAUUUGAAGUUAACGGAGUCAGACGUCAAGGUUUCUUUUGUAAAUCUCUCAACGCGCCAGACGCUCCUGUCGUACUAACAGAUGAACAGAAGUGUAUGAGCUGGUACAGUCAAGAACCAGACCCGAAAGAUUGGCUGGAGGAGUUGGGUGAUUGUCCGGCUACAAGAACAGCAUGCAGGCGUGAUAACCGAUACAGAAGAGAAACUAGAUCUUGGUUUAUCGAGUGCUAUGAACUUAGGUUUGCUACCCCCAAAUAUGGUGCUAGCCAUCGGUGUUGUUAUCACAGACGAGGGCGAAGGAGGAAUGCUUUUGUCGGAGAGCCCCCUUCAGCUGGAAGAGCAUACAGGUUAGUAUUCCUGUGAAAGCAAAUAGGUAAAUAUGUGGAUGAUUUCAUAAAGAACCGUUAAAUGAAACGCAGUCAUUACUCCAUUUUUGCCGUAAUAAUAGGCAGCAUUUUAAAGGCUUUUUCAUUGGUCGUCUGUGAACGCUUCCAUAAAGAUGAAUUCACUUUAGUUCAUUAAGCGCUGUUUAUUCGUUUAAAACUGGGGUAUCCGCGAAGCUUACACACAAGAAACGAUGAUUACCUACGGGAAACAGCUGUUUGCCGUAAAUAUGGUGCUUAACCUCUCUAAGGGUUGAUUUCCACUGUCGCGUAAUUUUUGUGUGGACUCGCGUAAUUUUUACGUGUGAACGCGCGUAAGUUUUACGCGCGUAAAUAAAAUAGAGGCAAUGUAUGAAAGGACACUCGUAAACGUGAAACUUGAACGAGGUUCAACUUUUACGUUUACGCGUGACCUUCUAUACAUUGUCUCUAUUUUAUUUACGCGCGUAAAACUUACGUGCGUACGUGCGGAAAAUUUACAUUCGCAAAUAAAGGAGAGGCAAUGUAUGAAAGAUCGUGCGUAAAAGUAAAAGUUGAUCACCUCGCGUGUAUAAUUUACGUGCGGUUGAUUUCCACUGUCGUGUAAUUGAUUUCCACUGUCGCGUAAUUUUUACGUGCGAACGCACGUAAAAUUUGCGUGCGUAAAUGAAAUAGAAGUAAUGUAUGAAAGGUCACGCGUAAUCGUAAAAGUUGAGUGAGGUUCAACUUUUACUUUUACGCGUGACCUUCCAUACAUUGUCUCUAUUUUAUUAAUGCGCGUAAAGCUUACGUGAGUUCACACUUAAAAAUUACGCAACAGUGGAAAUCCACCUUAUUGCUAGCUUCAGCUUAGCCGCCCUCUUGAUUUACCUUUUUUCGCAGAUAUCACUACACCAGUAACAAGAGAGAACAAGGCGAUGACGAGCCAUUCAGCCUUUGUUGUGGUGAUAGAGGAUCUACUUUAUGCAAUCUGUUCUUUGAGAAGCGACCGCUGACCACUGCUGCUAGUGUCCGCCCGUUUCCGUUACCAUGUACUUGUAGGUUGUUCGGAUGUUUAUUUAGUCCCUGUAGACCCAGUCGCCCCCGGCGACGCCGAUGGAGAAGACCUCGUAGAGGUAAGUUAGUGCUAGUACAAAAGUCAAAAGAGAAAUCAAUAGACGUUUCUACCGAUACGGCGGCCGUAUUGAAUUACUUACAUUUAAGGAGUAUUAUUAUUCAUUCGAAAUAUUUCCCCAAUUCUGAUUGGCUAAAAGCACACGCAUAAUUCACCAUAACCAGUUACUGAUGACCAAAUUUGGAAUAAUUUUGUGUUUAACGGGGAAAUGACGUCAAAAAUGCAGCACGCUACAGGUUAAGGCACUGUUACCGAGAAGACCUGGGGACGAGGGUGAGUUGUUUUGGUUGUGAAAAAAAGAUGGCGGACAUUUCACUCGUUUCAAGAGUAAGAACUACAGCUGGAACUAGGUGAAAUAAUGGCUAAAAACAUGGCAAAAACAGCAAGAAGACAACUCGGAGGGCGACAUCUGCUAUUUGGAGAAUAUUUGCGGAGCUGGACAAACCUAAACGUACACUAUCGAAGAUGAACUUACCAUCGAUGCAGGUAAGCAUGUUUUAGCUGUGUUUUAAAAUUAGGAAUUAUUUUGAAUGAAUAUCCUACGAAAGCCGCAUUCAUUUAUUGCUAAUUAUGGGAUGCCGAGGGGGACUUUCGCUCAGUAUUUACGCUUGCUUUUGGGACAAAAAGAAAACUUCACUGUAUAUUUCUCGGGGGAAAAGGUGAUUGUUAUUACAUCCAAAGACGGCACAAUGAUCUUUCUUCCCAUUACAAUCUUUUCCUAAGAAAAUUUUAAGGAUAAUUGGCCCGAAAAGCACGCGUAGAUACUGAGUGAGUAUAUCGGAUCCUGCUCAUGCCCCCUGGGCAUCCCAUAAUACCCCUUAAAUCUAAUUAAUUCAAUAUGGCCGCCGUAUCGGUGAAAAGGUCUAUUUGGGUAAAUCAUCAAACGCUAAAACUGUCGAAAAUUGUAUGCCUUGAACCCUGGUAAAACUCGAAUUUUUGCCAGAAAAUGGGAGCCAUGUUUGUUUCUUGCCUUAUAUGACAGUUAUUAAGAGUGUACGAAAUGAGCGCUGGCUGUGGCUUGAAUCUAACGUGAAUAUAUAUAGAAUAUUCUUUGCCUGAUGAUUUGCCCGAUGAAUUGCCUGAUGAUUGCUUCGUAAGAGGUAUGAAACUCAUUAUGUAAUCAUUUAAUCACAUUUACUCAUUUAAUCACAUUUAAUCCAGUUCCAACAGUCUACUUGUAUUCUGCUCUAGUUCAACUAUUGAGCCCUCUUACAGUCGAUGAGGACAUCACUCUUUUACUUCAUUAGAAUAUUUUUUGAAUAUGUUUUGAAUAUUUCUAUGCAAUGAACACGUGUUUUAUGUUUUGUUAUUUUUAGCGUGGUUCUUUGGAGAUCCCCAUGUGUCUACACUGGAUAGUCUACAGUACACUUUUAAUGGCCUCGGAGAUUACGUUUUGAUUCGAGCCCUAGACAACUCACUUCAUUUACAUGGAAGGACAAACCGACCCCUGACGCCCGAGGGCGAACUGAGCAAGGCGACGGUCUUUUCGGGUUUCGCGCUCAAAACAAACACAAGUGACACUGCGCAGAUUCUCUUCGACGAUUCGUUGCCCGGCAACCUUAGUAUCACCGUUAUACGGCGGGCAGACAACUCUUGCACAAACCACACUAUUGAUGACUUUAAUGACGGUCCUGCCCUGGAAAUGAUCUCUCUUGAAAGAAGCUCUGUCAAUAACAACACCAUUAUCGUCUCCUUCCCAUCGGGCUUUUCGAUUGAGGUGACGCCAGGGAUCGGUCUUUUGCAAAUCAGUCUUAGCGCAAGUGAGGAAAUGAUGGGUAACACGCAAGGACUCAUGGGAAAUUUUAAUGGCGACAAAUCUGAUGAUCUAGAGUACCCAAAUGGGACCGGGAUAGCAGCUAAUUCCACGGAAGAACAGAUAUUCCAUUUGGGACAACAAUGUAAGUUGCAGACUACUUCUUGCCCAAAAAAUAGAAGUAAUUACUCUGACCAAUAAGAGCGCUCGAAGAAAAACCAAUCAGAUCUAGAACAAGUAAAUGCAGCGGGUGUCAAGGGCGGGAAAUUAUUGCAAGCAGCCAGCCAUUGGUUUUGAUUUGACUUUUGAUUGGCCAAGAGAGUGACGGAAGCCAAACUUGUUAAGAGGAACUGAGUUGGUCACAGGAAUAAGCGUUUUUCAAAAAUUUUCAAAAAUACCACAACACUCUUUGUUUUUUCUCCAAAAUUUUGCAUAAUCAUUGUUUUCAAGUUUUCUUGGGACUUAUUAUUGUCUCAAGAGAAAUUGAAAACAAUGGAGGGACAACAAAGAGUAUUAUGGUAUUUCUGAAAAGGCCUAUGGCUUAAUAGAAGAAAAGUCUUGCACGAUGACGUCAUUUUAUUGCAACAGUUCCACCAGAAUCCUUCAGUUUGUUGUUUUCUAGUGCAAAUGAGGGCUGUGUUUCAAACCUCAGUGAGGUUGACAAAUUUAAGUGAGGAAGCGAAAACGAAACGAAUUCUUGUAGUUGUAGUCAAUUGUCGUUGGGGAGCAAGGGUGGCGCCGUGGUGAGAGCCUUCGCCUCCCACCAAUGUGGCCCGGGUUCAAAUCCUGGCGUCAACGCCAUAUUUGGGUUAAGUUUGUUGUUGGUUCUUUCCCUUGCUUCGAGAGGUUUUUCUCCGGGUACUCCGGUUUUCCCCUUCCCUAAAACACCAGCAUUUUCAAAUUCCAACUCGACCGGGAAUCAGGUAGACGAAGAACCACUAUGUGCAUGUGCUACCUCCAAAUUGUUAUUAUUAUUAUUAUUAUAUUGGCAAUACAAAGGUCUGAAUGCCCAGACUAAAAUUUGUAGUAACAAUUAGACAAUAGUUUGCGCCCAAAAAAAAAACGGGAAAAAUGAUUUGAUAAAAGUGUCAUUAAAAAAUACAUAAACAAAAAUCCUACAAGCUUUAUGGACAUCCUAAUUAUAAAAUAAAAAUGUUCAUAAGUUAAAACCAUCGUUCAUAUAGCUGUCCAUUAAAUUAUGAGAACGUCCAAGGUAUGUCAAUAAAAUUUCGAUAAUGUACAAGUUUAAGUAUCUGUUGAAUAGGUGUCCAAAAUUCCUAUAGAUAUCUAACCGCUCAGCUUGAACAUUCUAGCAAUGUGUGAUGAACUUACUAGACACGAUUGCCUUCUGCAUUUGGCGGAUAAUUGAUUCACACUUAUCUCCUACAAGCUCUUUUAAUUUUGCUCAACCUCUUUAUUAUAAUUAUUAUUAUUAUUAUUAUUGUUAAUUGUUGUCGUCGUGUAAAUAGCCUAUUUGUUUUUGUUUGUUUAAUUUUUCUUUCCCUUUUUUUUCUAACUUUAAUGCAUUGUUUACAUAGGGAGAGUCCCAGAUGAAGAAAAGUUGUUCGUUUCACCAAACAACUGCUCGUUACAAAGUGUGUUCUUCGAUGCUUCCUUUGUUCCGUCGUUCCUGAACUUGUCCGCGGUGCCGCAGCAUAUCAUUGAUCUCUGUGGUGGUAAUAAGGAAUGCAUAUAUGAUGUACUAGAGACCAACAACACGGCACUUGGGCAACAGUCCGCUGGAUUUGAAGAAGAAAACCAGAAUAUUGUGGACGAGUUGAGUAAGUUUCAACGAGUAACAGGAGGGCGGAAAGCGCAUUUGAAUGAGUUUUGAUAGUUAAAUCUGCUUCUUGCAUAUUGAAGAUAAGUUAUAUUAUACAAUGGCAGUUAGCGUUCCCGUUCUCUUUGUCUUUAUACUGUCAAGUAAGACUGUGCUGUCGUCCGUCGAUUUGAUAUACACCUAAUUGCAAUAACCUUGUCUUAGAAAAAUGCUGAAUGUAAAAAUAGGAAAGGGAAAUAGCCAAAUAGGAAUUAAUUGGGCUUACUUAUGACAACUGUAAGGUGACUUCAUUUGCAGGGGUUUUUAAGGCGUAAAAAGAAAAUGCAAAUGCCAUAGUCGUACGCGUAUGUUGCAAAUAAAUGCACCCUUUAAUGGCUUCCCAAUAAGUCUAAUUCGUUCCUGUUUCACAUUUUGCAUUUUUUUCUUUUAGCAUUUUUCUAUGACAAUGUUAUUGCGAUAGGGGUAUGUCCCUGAAAAUGUUUUUUUUUUCCUAACUGAUUAAGAAAAUCUAAGAUGGCGGAUUAAAAAUGGCGGCAGUGUCUGUUUUAGGGUGGUGUCUGUCUUAUUGGAGGUGUCCAUGUACACAGACUGAAAGUUAAUGGUAUUGCUAUUGUUAACUUAAAGGUAACACGCCUCCAGAAAUCAGUGGACCACAAGAAGUGAAUGUGACACUCAAUGAAACGACUGAAUUUUACGUCACCGCCACAGACCCUGACAACGACACGGUGACUCUGGACAUUGAGGAGCUCCCACAGGGAGCAACCUUUAACGCCACAACGGGGCACUUCUCGUGGACACCUGUGAACGCAACCAACAUGACCUUAGAGUUCAUAGCCACAGACACUAAGAACGCUUCUACAGUGCUGACUGUUGUCAUAAACAUGUGCCAAUGUCAGAACGGCGGGGAGUGCGACUUCACAGAAUAUAUCGGGGACGACUCCGGAGUGUUCCGUGUCGUUGGAUGCAACUGUUCUGAGCAGUAUGAAGGAACAUUCUGCCAGACUGAAGCUCCUGAUGCAUGCGACGACGAACCAUGUUUUGAUAACGUGACUUGUAGUUCUACGAGAAAUCCGUUUGGAUUCCAGUGCGGGCCUUGCCCUGCGGGACUGACGGGGGAUGGUGAGAACUGUUUUGGUAAGUGCAAAUUCUCUUUCUAAAACAGUGGCGGAUCCCCUGUCCCCGCUUAUGUUUAGAUCAAACUGCCCCCCCACACACACACACCCCCCCCCACCUAUCUCAGGGUCUGGAUGAGCGGGGCCUGGAUCCGCUACUGUAAAAUAUUAGUUUUUUUGGAAUGCUAAAAACUUUACUGUCUUCAAGGAAAUAAGUAAAACGACUUGUUUACCGCGACCUAAAUGGAAAAGACUGGAGAAAGAAAUCACAAAAGACACUUGUGAAUAAACAAUAUGAACGAAUUUAAAAAAAAUUACUUAGGGUCAAUUAAUGACGAGCUUUUUUACCAUUCCUGUUAAGACCUGAAAUGCUUCUUCGUCUGAAAAGACGAAAUAACGAAAUGAUGGAUUUAAGAGAUCUUUCGAAAAAUUGGCUUUGUUGAGAAUAGAGUUACCGUAUUUAUUGGAAUAAGCGCCCAACCUCGAAUUAGCGCCCACCUCGAAUAAGCGCCCAUCCUAAAGGCAGAAAAAGUUAAUAAGCGCCCAGCCUCGAAUAAGCGCCCACCCCUUCUCCUCCCAAUCAGACUCAAAUAAGCGCUCACCCCCAACCCACCCACUUAAGUGAAUAAGUUCCAAUAAGAGACUUCCCCGAGGACGGAGUUUUCUUCAGAGUAUUUUACAGAAACCUUGCUUUGUUACUUCUUCGCGAAUUGUUAUUAGCAUUUAUUGUUUUGUUGCAAAAUAAACCUACUUCAUUUGCUGAAAAUGGUAAAAAUUUAAUAAGCGCCCAGCCUCGAAUAAGCGCCCACCUCGAAUAAGCGCCCACUCUCAAGGUCCAAAAAUUUAAUAAGCGCCCAGGGCGGUUAAUCGAAUAAAUACGGUAUUAACAGAUUCAGUAUGAAAACAAAGUAGCCAUCAAUAUUCGCCAAUAACAGUAUACAUUCAUCUUUUGACGCCAUAGGUUUUGCAAUGUGACCAUCUCAGACUCUUUGGUGGGACACAGUUUUAUUUCCAAGUGGAAUGUAAAAUCUAAGUAACCGUGAAAAAAAAACACACACACACACACACACGCAACGUUGGGAAAAAUGACAGCUACAUAACUAUUUUGUACUUUUUCAGAAAUUGACGAGUGUGCCAAUCAAAGCGUGAGCCAGUGUAAUCAGACCUGUGUAAACACUUUGGGAAGCUUCUACUGUGAGUGUCGCAAAGGUUUUACAACACAUGACGAAGGAAGGAUCUGUGAAGGUAGGUUGUGCGCAACGACACGCCCUUGGCCCUUUGUCUCUAGCAGAACCCAACCAACCUCGCCCACCCCCAACCCCACCUCCCACCAUUACAACCACCACCACCACCAAGAGCGAUUAAAUAGACACGUAAGAGGAAUUUUUAAAUAUUAUUAGCUUUAUAGGAAAACAAAUACAGUCUCUGGAAAAUAGUGCUCAUUGGCUUCUUAAUUAUUUGAAUGGUUGUACCAUAGGAUUUCACUUACAAACUCAAAGGUUAGAACUACUCAUAAAGCAUUAUAAACAGUACUACAGGACAGUACCGCUCAGUAGCUUUCAUUUGAAUGGUCACACUUUAGGAUUUAAUCCACAGAGUUAAAAGUUAGAACCUCCAUGUACAGCUAAUAAACAGCAACAGAGUAAAAUACUGCUCCGUAGCUUUCAUUUGAAUGGUCACACUUUAGGAUUUCAUCCACAGACUCAAAAUUUAGAACCACCUUGUACAGAAUAGUGUAUAGUAAACAGUACCACAGAAAAGUACUGCUCAGUAUUUUUCAUUUGAAUGGUGACACUUAAGGACUGUAUCCACGGUACGUCAACGUGUUCCAUUGUAUUAAAGUACUAUGCCUUGUUUCAGAUAUUAAUGAAUGCCAAGAAGUCGGCAACAAAAGGCACAACUGUUCAGAAACUGCUACAUGCACGAAUGUUCCUGGUUCAUAUAACUGUUCGUGUGAUGCUGGUUUUGAAGGCGACCCGCUAGUGAAUUGUACAGGUUAGUACAAAUACGCAAAACCAGUCAGCUUUCAGCAUUAACAUGAACAAAAACUACAACUGUUUCAAGUAUUUUUUCAACCGUCUCCGAGUGUCUCCUUUUCCCUUGUGAACAGAGGAUAGUGGUAGCAUACAUACAUACAUAGCAUACAUUUUCUUGCAAAUGGCAAAACGUUUACACGAGAAACAAAAGGCUGGCUGGCCUAAAACGGGUGACCUGCCUAUCUGGGCUAUAUUUUCUCCAGAAAUGCAAAGAUUGAGUGGUCUCUUACGGGAGGUGGUCGUUUUAAAAGAAUCGAACCACAGAGGGCCUCUUCCGCGAAGAGGUCCAGGGACAUCUACUUUAUAGAAGAUAAUGUAUUGCAUCCAAUGUCUAAGUACCGAAAUACGUAAUUCCAUGUCGUCACUAAAGUUCUUCGUAUAUUCUGAGUGGAAUAGUGUACGCAGCGAACUUAGAGAUCAGAGAAUGCGUCACGUGGUCACUUAAAAGAGGUCAAAAACAGUGGAAAAUCAUUAACCGUCAGGCCCAAAAAGUUGUCGCGGUCGCUUACAGGAGGUGGUCGUUUACUUGAGCGUUCAACUGUAAGGUUUUGACGGGGAAAAUGUUUGUGUUUUCGAUUGGCGGUCGUUUAUGGGCGGUGGUCGCUUUCGAGAGGUGGUCGCACAUGGAGGUUCGACUGUUUACACUUUGGAUUCCAGCCGGGUCAACUCGGCCAAGGCGACUAAGAGGGUGACCCUUUUUCCCAGGACAACGUUUCUCCUAUAAAGGGAGCGCCUGAUUGGACAACUGUUCUUACUCAUUUUUCACUUUGCUUCAUGAUUAUUGUCCUUUAGAUAUUGACGAGUGUAAUAAUGGAGAAGCUCUGUGUAGUCAAGGAUGUCAGAACACGCCGGGAUCGUAUCACUGCACAUGUCAAUCCGGUUUCCAACUUGGAGCAAACAAUGCCACGUGCGAAGGUACGUUAGUGGUAUGUUUUCGUGAUGUAACGUGUCACACUCCUGCGUUUUGUCGCGGUGUGUGCACUGUAACAAGAUAAAAGGGGCAAAUCAUUGCGUGACUCGUCAUUACACAGUCCAGUCCGAUUUAUAAUGGUAAUAGGACUUAGUGGAGUCCAAUUCGGUCGGUAAUCAUACGAGUGAUUAACAAAAUCGGAUUUGUUUCAUCACGAGUAUGAUUACAGACCAAAUUGGACGACACGAAGUUCUCUUACCAAUAAUCAUAGCUAUAACAAAAUUUGGUAUAGUUUAGGCUUUUUAAACACAAGAAAUUCUGAGUUUUUUUGCAAGCAUAGAGAACAAGCCUAUUACACUGUCUUAUUCAUUAGUGCUGAAAUCAGGACAAAUGAUAGCCAAUCAGAUUUAAGAAUUUUGUUAUAGUUAUGAUUAGUACAGUCAAAUCUUGACCCACCACAAUGGCCAGUAACGCCAUGUUCACAGUUUCCUGAUAGCUUUUCGGGCUGACACGAAAUACUAUCAGGUGUAGAAUGAACACCUAACUGAUGUAUCUCUCCUCUGAGAUCAGCACGGCGCAGCUUAACAGAAAUUGGGUGUAACCAAAAGCCCCACCCGGUAUGGUUUUCGCAACGGCUCAAAAGCUAUCUGGGAUAGUUUGAUCGUAAGCUAAGAGUUCUUUAAGUCAGGUGUUUAGUAAACUGACAAUACACGAAUCGUGCGAGUCAUAUUUGUUGAAAUUCGAUAACUCUCUUGAUUCAAUCUUAGGCCAGUCUUAGUUAAGGUGUGAAUUAAUUUUCCCUGGAAAAUUGAAAUUAACUUAUCAGUAUGAAAUUGUACGGGCUUGAAAGAUUUUCAUUGAUAAUCGAUUUGAAUUAUCGCCUGUCAUUUAAGAUGUAGAUCGCGACAUUUUGGCCUCUUAUCUUUAGUUUUCUUCUGGCGAUGAAGUCCAGUGAUUACCGUAUCAACGUAAUGGGCUGUGAUUGGUGCAUUUCCAUCCUUACUGUUCCUGCGAGACAGGGUAGUUGAUCCUUUGGUGCGCUGAACUAUCGUCUACUAUAAAAAUAAUACAUGCAUGGGAAAUUUGAACUACACUAUUACUGUUGAUGUUAUUAUCGCGAAUUUUUUUUUGUUUCUGCUUUAUUAUAAUGGAAUAUUCUGUUUCUUUCUUCAGAUAUAGAUGAGUGUGAUACAGGCCAUAACUGUGAGCGUGUUUGCGAGAACUUGAUAGGUUCUUACAAAUGCGCAUGCCCACCUGGAUUUGAACUGAAUGCCGAUAACACCACGUGCAGAGGUAACAGAGCGCGUUACAGAGCUCCACAUUAGUGACGGUCAUCAUGUUAAGCAAAAUAGCAAAAACAAAAAUUGAAUAUUUACAGUCCCCUCUUGGGAAUGCGUAACAAAGUUUCUGUUACGUAAGCGAAACUCAUUUUACAUUGCUUAUGACGUUCGAGCGAUUCGAACGAAACGUUGUAAUAUUUUUUUUACCCUGAACUUUAGAAAUAGUUAUUCCUAUUGUUUAAUUCUGUUGUUUUACAAACUUUUGAUUCGUGUUUCAUUUUCUAUUCAGUGGCGGCGGGCAGUGAAUGCGACAACUCAAAUGGAGGAUGUCAACAAAUUUGUGUAAACAGAACUGGUUUAAUAACAUGUUACUGUAACCAAGGGUACAAUCUCACAAAUGAUAGGAAAACAUGCCAAGGUAUUUUAAUAUUUUUAAAUUCAUUUACGUAUUUGGCAAGAAAUUCGUUUUAGGUGGUACUGAAAGUGACUAUCAGGUAGGAGCCGUGGUAACAUUAUCUCAUGUGACAUAAAAUCUCCAGAUAUGUAAAGGCCGGUUUACGCGCUGUGAUAAUGUGACGAAAGGUUCUGACAAAACAUCCGACAUUUCACGACGCUACCACUGUUUUCCCCGCGAAAUGACGUCUGAGAAACGAGCGCAGAAAUUCCAUACUGAUGACGUAUUGCUACCCAGAUCUAGGUAGCGCUUCUGAUUGGUUGAAGCAAAUCUCCCACUCGAUGGGCUUAAUGCUAACUGAGCUUGUUCUUAAGCCUUAACGAGGCAUGCGUCAGGCUUUCAAAUAGCUCUCACCCCCUACCCCACCCCUCGUUCCGGAGCGGAUAAAAUGACCCCAUCUCGCCAGUUUUGUAUGCCCGUUCACGAAUUCAGCCAAAUUGUUACUUAACGUGACGCCCCGCCCUAAAGUGAUCUCCCACUUUCAGAUAUCAACGAGUGCAUGACAGGAAGCCAUGGCUGCAGCCAGAAUUGUUCAAAUCUAGAAGGAAGUUACAUAUGUGGCUGUCAUCCGGGAUAUCAGUUAGGCCCUGAUAACAAGACUUGCAAUGGUACGAUACUUCUUUGCUGUAUAAAGUUGUUUUUACUUCAUCAAUAAUAUGAUGACCUAGUUUUUUCUUAGCUAAGAAUUAAAAGUCAAUCACUGACGUUUAUCUGUUUCCAAAUUUUCGUAAUCUACCUCCUUGUCAUACAACAUAUCACCCUUUAUUUUGCACUUAUCUAUUUUCGUUCAGUGGAACUAAUCCUUCAGAUAACAGCCUAUCAAUGCUACGAGAAAGACAAACACAUCACACGCCAUUGGCCACAUGAGAAACGAGAAGAGGACUGGGUUAACUUUCGAGUAAAUUUUUGCAAAGACUUUUUAGGCUGUUAAUACUGGGGACUGGGGGAAAAUGACCAAUAGGUGACCGCCACAUCUCCACUUAACGAGCCCAGACGUUUUUGGAAAAUUGACUAAGCCAUUUUCUUUCUAGCUUUUAAAGUGGUGAAUUGCUUUUAUCAUGUUUCAUUGCUACAAAAUGUUUGCGACUCAUGUAGAAAUUGUCCUUGAAUCUCAAAGGACUAUUUGUUGAAUUAAUCCUUCCUUUCCUCCACUCUUCUUACUCAUAAUGUGACGAAAGGUUUCCUCUCAAAAUUUGGGUAACGACGUUCUCUAUUGAUGUUGAAAGAGAAACGUCUCGGCGCGUUAUUACCUUUAAUAACAGCGAGGAAAAACGUUUUACCCAUUCUUACUCGUUUUUUUUUUUUUUUGCUUGGCUUACAGAUCUGGAUGAAUGCAGCUCUGCCGCCCUUAACAGUUGUAGCCAGAUCUGUGAAAACAGCCAGGGUUCAUUCCAGUGCGCAUGCGAUGAUGGAUUCAACCUUCAAGCAGACAAUACUUCUUGUUCUGGUAAGACAUAAUCUCAAUAAGUACAAGCGUCAGCUAAGAGGUCACUAAAUGAACUAAUUUCAGACCAAGGGGGACUGGGUACGAGUCUGUGUAUUAUGGUAUAAACAAAACGAGACUAGAAUUUUCCACAAGUUGCUCGAGAUUUUCCAAAACGUUUUCCGUAAUUUCUUAAAAAGUUGCUCAAAAGUUGCUCGAAAAAACACCAAAAGCUGCCGAGCAAAUUGUGGAAAGCCCUAAACGAGACCCACAUAGUCAGAAAGAGCAGACCGAGUUUUGCGAAAUUCUCAAGUUUGGUGCAAAUCGAGGCAAUAAUGAAUAAGGUACUCCUAUUUUAAAUACUUGACAAUUUAAGAAGAGAUGUAUGAGUUGCCGGACACAUUGUUUUGACGUCUAUGCGGCUUUUUUUCGUAAAUUGUAGAGUUUUUUGAAUAGCUGUAUGUCUCUUGCCCAAAAUCAACGCCAGACUUGAGGAUUCUGUAAAUCUCAGUUCGUCUUUCUUACUUUGUGCGUUUCGUGUUAUUUAUCCCAUAAUAAACGGACUCAUACCCAGUCUCACACGGUUUGAAAUUAGGGAAUAGGUCUGGCCCAGUCCUCUCUCCAUUUUUCCUGUUCCGUGGUCAGUUUGUUUUUAGUGGGCAUACCGUCGAACCUACGGUAAGCGACCAUCAAAAAUGCCAGGAUUUACUAGUCGCUUCCAGGAGGCUGUUGCUUGCGAGUGCUUUCAAGGCCUCGUUGGAUAAAACUCUCCUUGUUUUGUAUAAUUCUUCAUAUCAUGCUCAAUCUCAUUCAGUAAUUGUUAAAUGAUCAUAAUUAUCUGAAGCUACAUUAUACAAUUUACAAAUAUGAUUAUAAACUGAUGAUAGUCUUAUUUCGAUUCCUUGUCGCUUUCUCGACAAAAAUUUGCAUCGCAAAACGACAAGAAUAGCUUUAAGACCAAAGUCAGUAAUCCUGACUGCACGUACUUAUGGGACGUUCAAUAUUUGCAAGUAGUAUGCGGAAGGUGCUAGUAUUACGUGACUCUGUCACUGUCACGGAAGUCAGGCUAUUAAUAUGUCGAUCUAAGGUGUAUUUCUGUUUCAGAUAUUGACGAGUGUAACUCAACUGCAGUUUGUAGCGACGGCGCAUGCGUGAACAUUCCUGGUUCAUUCUAUUGCCGGUGUCCUACAGCUUUAUCUUAUGAUCAGGGACGUUGUAAAGGUAAGUGAAAGCAAACAAAAAACAAAUUGGAAAACAGGGGCUGCGUGGGGGGGGGGGGGGGGUGAGGCUGGGAGAAGGUUGGCGGAUUACGACUAAGACUCCCUUGGUAGGCUCUUCCAUACAAUGCAAAUAUCGUAGCUUGCCUUAACCCCUUCACUUUCAGAGGGAUUGAUGGAGUCUCUUAAGGUAGUUGUUACUUUUGAGUCUGUGGAUGAAAUCCUAUGGUGUUACCAUUCAAAUGAAACCUCUUCAGCUGUACUUUUCACAUGGUAAUAUUUAUAUAGUAUGCUUUUCUAACUUUUGAGUCUCUUGGUGAGAUCCUAUGUGUUACCAUUCAAAUGAAACCUCCUCAGCUGUACUUUCACACAGUACUAUUUAUUUAGUAUGUAGUUCUACUUUUGAAUCUGUGGACAAUCCUGAAACCUCUUGGUAGUACUUUCCCAUGGUAUCAUUGGCUUUUCAGCAUUUUACUAGAUGUUUUUAAAACUCCAUUUGUCGUUACGAUGUCGUGUCUCUUCCAUUACGUUUGCCACAACUUGUUUGAAGCUCUACAUCUCUCUUUUUAAUAAAGGGCUCCAAAACAUCAGAUAUCCAGUGAAUGAAGUGUUCGUAGUUAUUACGUCACUUCCGGCUCUUAUCCAUCGACACUGACGCGGCGAUGACCUGGAUUUUCUUUACUUUUUCCUUUGGACCUAGUGUUCUGUUGUAUUUUAAAAUACUCACUUAUUAUCAAACUCCUACUAGCUUAGGAUUCGUGGUUGGUUGCAUUACUCUGAAUGCGCUUGUAUUGAUGUCAUUUAUUCCACAGCCAUACGAGUAUUUGAACUCAUCAUGACAUUAGGAGCUUUCAAUGGCAAGCCAGUGGUGUGGGACAGGUCACUUGAGGACAAACAGUCUACGAAGUUUGGAUUCCUGGCCAGAAGAGUUGAGAAACAGGUUAGAAACAAAGACCAAGGGAUUAAAAGAUAUAUACUACAUGUCUGAUUUCGUUAAAAGUGGCCACUAGGUUUUCGCCUGGCGCCGGUCGCAGCCCAGCUCCAGGCCAAUGCGGUCUCCAAAUAUGUAGGGGUCUUGCCAUCCUGGUAGGCACAGCUGGAUAGCCCAAGAACUGCCCUAACAGUGGGUAGGUGGAUAAUGUCUGGGGGGCAAAGCUAGUGGGGUAGAGAGGGGGCUAUUUUGACACAACCCCUUCAAAAAGGAGCAGUGUUUACUGGAAGCCCUGACUGGCAAGCACCUUGUCUUUACUUUGCCCUAGCCAGCUGAAUCAGGCCUCUGCUGAUAAUAAUUAUCAUGAUAAUUGCAAAGCUCAGUGGGAGGCGCAGACAGUUACCCAAUGUCCUGUGUGUGUGUGGGGGGGAGAUGGUGAACGUCUUGGUAGCAAGGGCAUACUUGUGUACACUCACUGAAGCCAUGUUUACAUAAAUUCAGUCAGGCAUAUCGUAAAUCCUUGAUGAGGCCGCAUCUCCAAAAUAAGCCGCCUUCUCUUCGGGCGAACAAAGUAAAAAUCUUCCUCUUCCCUUAUUAUUCUUCACUAAAAAAAUGAUAGACUGUAUGAAUCAAUCACGACUGUAAAACUAUUUGAACUGAUCCGGGAUGGUUUAUUCACAUGUUGAAGUUCGGAUUUGUUUUUGAUUCCCGGCAUCACGACCCUGAACUUCUCGUACUUGCACUUUUUCACAUUGUGUUGUGGUGUGAAGAAUUGUUCAGUAUCUUUUCUAUCUUUUGUAUUACGUGAUUGCUCCCAUACGCAACACCAAGUCCCUACCUCUUGUUUCCUCUCGCCUAAGCCCUCUCAUUUCUAAUACCGCUUCUUGAUGCCUUCUCUAUCUUUCUGGGUUUGGAGGGCACUGACCAUUACAUGGUUGAAUGGAUGAAAUUUGUCAGGAAGCGUACCGUAAAAUUCCGAAAAUAAGCCCCUCCAAAUAUAAGCCCCCCAAACCGGUAACGCAAAAAAAACCUUCCGUUAAGUCGCCCCUCCAAAUAUAAGCCCCGCAAGGGCUUGUACUUGGAAAAUUGCCCUCAAAUACAAAGUAAAACAAAGCAAAAACGGUAAGUUUACUUCCAUCUAUAGGGCUAGCUCAAUCGCUUUUGAAACGCAAAUUUCCCUCCGUAGAUAAACCCCUCCGCAUAGAAGCCCUUCAAAAAGGACCUUUGGAAAAUAUAAGGCCCGGGGCUUAUUUUCGGAAUUUUACGGUAUUUUCAAAUGCAGUAUUCAUUUUUUAUUUUUAAUGUGAAUGUAAUGUUUUCUUGCAGUGCAAUUUGUGGUUUGGUGGGAAACCAAGGUUUACAGGAAGGUUCUUAAAAUGCCUUGUGCGAGCAUUUAGGUAGGUCACAUCUUUAUUUGCUCUUGAUCUUGCAUUAAUUUUUUGGUAAAAUGAUGCAACUCUGAGUUUUAUACUGUUCUAUUUAUCGUUUUUGCAUAUUAACUAUUUAUUUAUCAAUUUUUCUAUUUAAUUUGCCUAGGCAAGGAAGCGUGGUUGCAGAUAUUGACAUGCAGUUUGCUGACAACGCCACUGAUGUUACUAACGACGUUGUUAUUAGCCAACUGCCAAGAUCUGGGCAGAUGGGAAAUCUGACGUACAAUCCAUCAACUGUAACAGUUUCAGGUGCGUUUAUAAGCCAUCGUAUUUCAACAAUGGACAGUCAACGAAAAUCAGUCAACAAGCCGGCUGGAAAGGGCGCCUUUAAAUCGUAAAGUUCUCAAGUUUGAAAGUGAUUUUUUGAAAACUGACAGAAAUAAAGAAAGAAAGUUGGUGAGGACGAUAGUAGCGUAAUGUUACAGGCUUUUGUAUGGUGCGCUUGCUUAGGACGUCUAACCGUAAGGCUCAUCAUAAUUUUAAGGCUCUUAUCCCAGCAGUGUCGGUGGAUAUUUGCUUACUGGUCUUAACCCUUUAAGCCCCAAUAUCCACAUACAAAUUCUCCAAACUGAUCUCUAUACAUUUCCUUAAAGAAUGAGUUGAGAGAAUUUGAUAAAAGAUCAAAGUAUUUUCUCUUAGGUGAUCAUUUAAUUAAUUCUCAUAAUCUCAUCUCAUGAUAAUGAAUGGAUAUCGUUAGGAGAAAAUUGCUGUUAAUCACUAUUGAGACUUAAAGGGUUAAUCAAAGCUUGAAAAAACGAAACCGUUGAUGGCUGUAUUCCAAGCCUAUUUCCCUUUUGACGUCUCCUAUUUCCUGUGAAUCAAAUUUUAUAUUGACCUCCCCGACCUUUUUUCAAUGCCUCCCUUUAGAUUUUGACGAGUGUCAGCAGGCAACUCACAACUGCCAUGCGCAGGCAAGUUGCGUCAACAAAGAAGGCUCGUUUGAAUGCAAGUGCAAAGAUGGUUACCAAGGCGACGGAAUCACAAACUGCGGUAAGUACAUACUAUUUUUGGUGGUUGUGGGGCAAAACAGGGAGAUGGGGAGGGGGCUUCUGACACCACUCUACAGCGUCAUUUUUCUGCAGUGUUUUGCGAGAAUUUUAUUGGAAAUAUACUUUUCUCAUUGCUGAACCAGCUGCAGAUGCAUCAUGAUUGCAGAGCUUAGGAGGCAUGAUGUGAAAGCCGCUGUCUGUCUUAUGCUUGGGGAGGGUAAAUUUUUGGUACUAAGUUUGGUGGUAGGCCCAUAAUACACCUUGUUUACCUCCUGCCCCCCCGCCCACCCCGCCCACCCCCAAUAUCCAUCGUUUACUUUUUCUCCUGUCUAUUACAGUUGACCCGAAGAGAAAUUGAAUAUAAUACUCUGAAAACUCCUGGAGGUUAAACAAGGUGUAUCAUGGGCAAUGUGAAAAUGGUGAAUAGAGAAAAGUCUUUUGGAGUGAGUCUGUGAGUGAUACGGUAACGUUAUCCCAAACAAAACCAGAGUUAGCGAACGAGCAAGAUCAUUUUCCAUGGUUCAGUAAUCGAUCCAUUGAAAUGUUUGACAAAGGACUGGUGUAGACGAGUGACGCUACCGCAAGCACAAGGAAAGACACGCAAGCGUCGACGAAAGAAUGUUUAUUUUUCAUGUAUUGCAUUGGCGCUUGCCCUUGUGUUUACCCGUGUGAACCGGGACAAAGCAAACGGAGACGGUCACGUCACGUUCGUGACUGACAAUAGUCCGUCCGCCUUGAUAAGAUGGAAGGAUAGAAAAAAAUGCGUGCGUAUCGCACUAAGCUUACGUUUGCCUGUGAAGAUCUAAUGUGUUUGCCGUUGUGAAUUUAAAAAUUGAGGCAGAAGGUCGACAGUUUUGACCAUCCGUAGCAAAGGAACGUAACCAAGGAGGCCUGUGUUAUCAAAAAGUUAAACAAAAUCAAGUCAAACUUCUUUCCUUUGUUGUAGAUCCUACACCGAAAGCUGCUGAGACAGGUAUUGUAGUUUUUAAGUUUACUCUGAUGGUACCGUGAUUAUUUUAUAUUACCAUUUUUAUGAGUUUAAUGAAGGAGCGUAUGCUCGUGUGAACAUGCGCGUAAUCUCAAGGAUUUUUCUUUAUCGUUCUUCUUAUGCUCGUGCCCAUAAAGGUUUAAAAAUGGUUUGAAGGAUUGUUAAGUGCACUUACCUUAUGCAGCUAGUUUACAGGCACUCUACUCAAAUACUUGAAGCAGAGAAUUCAAAUACAACUGGUAGGAGGUAGCCAGUUCGCUAUUUACAAGCGUUGCCAAGGAUUUAAACUCGGGAUGACCGAGAACAAAUCCAGGCUGAGCGGAACUCGAACGCGGGACCGCCGGAUUGCGAAUUCGACCACUCGGCCACGCUGCCUUCUAACUGUUGCGGCCGUCCUCACAAGCGCAUAAGCUUCUUAUGCUAAUGCUUUUAGCUGUGCUUAUUCUUGCGAUUGCUUGCUAGUGAGGACACUAGCUAGUUUAGUUAAAGGGAUUAUUUGUUUUUUACUUGAAGCAUUUUUUUGCUCGGGUUUUAUGUUUGCACAGAUGACGAUGACAAGAAGAAGAGGGCGGCAAUAAUUCUUGGUUCCAUUUUUGGAGCUCUGAUUCUUCUGAUUAUUAUCGUGCUGUGCAUUGUCCAGCGAAAAAAGUAAGUCAUCUUGAGACGCAACAUUCGUCACAGUUGUCAUCUAACCCCGGCUAGUUAAGUCUGCGAAGCAUCGCCAAGAUCUAUUUUCUGGGCCCUCAACGGACUCACUGAAUUCAGAGUUCGUACCCACCUUGAAAGUCCGUGAAAGUCCUUGAAUGUUAAAAUAUAAAUUCAAGGCCUUGAAAGUCCUUGAAAAUUGCAGUCGGUGCUGGAAAGUCUUUGAAUUUCAAGUCUAACUUUAUAGUUUAAGUAGAACUCCAAAGAAAAAGAAGCAAACACAGAAAGACCUUAGGGAUAAAAUUACUCAUGUUGUGGUAGAAAAAAGACAUAGAGUCAAGGCUCUCUUUUGCACUGAAUGCAGUCCUUGAAAAAUGGGAAAUGUGUGCUUGAAAGUCCUUGAAAAGUCCUUGAAUUUUUUGUUCAAAAAAGGGUACGUACCCUGUGAAUUACCGGAAGUGUGUUUGAAAUUUCCCCUCAACAUGAUUGGCCAAUUCUACGAUGGCUUUUUCAAAGGCCAUCCAAGGCGCAUCCUCAAAUCCUGGUACAGAGCUGGAGGCCAAAACAAGGAUUACGCGGCUGGAUCGCACACGAACUAAACCAAAGGUUUAACCCUUUUAAGCCCUAAGAGUGACCUGCAGCAUCAAAUUUCUCUUUGUAAUAUCAAUGCUUUGUAAAACGUAGUGGUCAUGGGAAUUGCGGACAUCAUCACACUAGAUGAAUUUUCUUGAUAUUUUAUAAAAUUCUCCGCAUUACGUCUGUAGGAAAUGAGAACGCCAUAAACAAUCUUAUCUCAGAUACGAAAUGUGAGACGAGUAAUUGGAAGGAUAAGUUGCGAGUAUUGAUCAAAGCAAUUCGGUGUCAUAGUUGUCGGUGUAAGGGUUGAUUUCCACUGUCGCGUAAUUUUCACGUGCGCACGUGCGUAAAAGUUACGUUCGCAAAUAUAAUAGAGGCCAUGCAUGAACGGUCGCUCGUAAGCGUAAAAGUUGAACCUCGGUCAUCUUCACGUUUAAGCUCAACAAUUGCCUCUAUUUUAUUUGCGUGAUUAAAAUUUAUGUGCGUUAACGUUCGUAGCCAAAAACGCGUCAGUGUAAAUCAACCUAAAAGAAGCUUUCGUCUCUUUCUGUUAAGGCUCUGUUGGUGCUUUUCCUGCCAAUGAUUCGCCUUUUCAAUAGUUACAAGCUUUGUCUGUUUUGUUUUCAGGCGAUACAAGGCGAAAAUGAGUGAGGCAGACCGUGGUAUAAGUUUAUCGUCCCGCAGUGUUCAAUCUGAUGUUUGUCACCCUAAUGAUCAGAAUGAUAAAAACAAGAGGGGCUCCUAUGUGGUGAAUGCUGACCCAGAGUAUGAGAACGCCAAGACGCCGGAUCGUCAGAUGUCCCAGAUGAGCGGAGACUACGACUACCCAGACCCGUAUCCCCAGAAUCAGAGGGAGAGCUACUAUGACAAUCCGGGGUUACAGAAGGUAUUCAUACAAAAAAAUGACAGUUUUCUCAAGAUCUUAUCCAAAAUUCAUGAAAAAAAA